GAAGGCAAAACCCGAGUUGCUGAAGUCCUAUACUUCACGCAAUUACCUGUUGAAGCUGGUAUUGACGACAAUGACAACCAAAUUUGGGUCUGGAAGGACGUUGCUGUCAUCUCGAUGUUCUCACUCCCUGACAACGACCUCCUUGAAUUAUCAUGCCAUACCGUCAGCUCAUGUCGACUUGAAGAUGAUGACGUUUGUGUCAUUGAUAUCAAGUCUAUUCUUGGUGUGGUUGGUAUGGUCCCACAUAAACCAACUCUUCCGUCUGGUGUUACUGAGGAUCGUUAUUUCAUGGUAGAAAAGCCCGGCCUUGAUAUUGCGAUGUUC